CUCGCACAUGCGCAGCAUGGAUGAAAUCUACAACACUAUCGUGAUCAUUUUCUAAAUGGGAUUUUAAAUAUCCCGCUUUUUUCUAAAGAUGCGCCAUCUUUAUGAAUUAAGCACCCUUUGGGCUGUUCUAGGGAAUAUUUUCUUCGUUUCGGUGAUCAGAUCUGCUGAUGUUGAUGUUCCAAUAAUUUCAGAUACUCUAUUGUGCAGACAAUGUGGCCAUGAAGUAACAUCAAGUGAACACUUAUAUAACAUUGGAAGUAAACUUGCCCUGGCUCAGAGAAAUGACACUAUAAUUGGCAAUAGACAAUGCCUUAUACAAAUGUUUAAAAACCCAAAUGGUCACCAUUUUGAAUUGAUAACAACCAAGAAAGCAUCCAUCCAACCACUAGGAAAUGCAUUUUUAGAGCAUUCCUGGUUUCCAGAGUUUGCCUGGAGGGUUGCAGUUUGUCCACAAUGUGGCAGUCAUUUAGGAUGGAGUUUUGAGGAUCCAAAUCAUAAGCAUAAAGAUGAAAAAUCAAAGCAAGCAAAUGGACAGAAAAAGACUAAAACGCCAUACUCAUUUGUAGGACUAAUAUUCCCAAAUCUCAUUAAGGAAAACUAUGCAGACUCAUUAAUCGUCACACCAAGAGCUUACAGAGGAUGAUCUAAACUAAUAUUUAGAAAAAUUGUUUUUUUAUUGCUAGUUUUUCAUCUUGGUUUUCUCUCUUUUUCUUUCCCUUCUUUUUUAAAUACAGUCGUUUGC